GGAAGUUCCUCAUGAGGCUAAGGCAUGAUUGUAAAGAAAUCUUGUUGAGAAUAGUGAACCUGAGUACAUCUAACGAUUGAAUUGAUGGUAACUAAAAUAAAUAGUUCAACUGCCACCUGAAGAUGUAUUGGUCGCGCUACGGACGCAGCGUCUGGCAGGUCCGUAAGCUCGCCGCUACCUCGAGCAGGUACCCUGCUUGUCGCCCCUUCAGUGCAAGAUCUGAGCACAUGGACCAGUCGGUGCGGUCUUUACUGCGGUACAAGAGAGCCUCGGGCGUGGGGUUGUGUGUUGCUACGCUGCUUGGCUGCCUGUGGCUCCGACGACGUAAACAUGACCGCCGGCAGCGGCUGCUGGAGGGCUGCGUCAGGGUGCCCCUUGUCCCAGGGCACUACGAGCCCAACAUCGUCUUUUACAGAUAUGGCGGCUACGUGUUUCCGGAACAAAUUGUUUUAUCGGGCGUUCUGCAAGAACUGCCAAAUUUUCAAGCGAGGGAAACCGAUGUUAUAGUUGCAAGCUUCCCCAAAACAGGAACGACAUGGGUGCAAGAGAUCGUCUAUAUGCUCACUCACGAUUGUCGCUCCUCCACAGACGACGACGCGACGCUGGAGACGAGGUUCCCGUACCUGGAGUACCCAUACCCUGGCCUUAAGACCGUCGCUGCCACGCCGGGGCCGCGCUGCAUCAAGACUCACCUGCCUUACCACCUGCUGCCUCCAUCUGUCACAACAGCUGGGGCUAAGGUGGUGUACGUCACGCGCAACCCUCGGGACACGGUGGUCUCGUACUAUCAUUUUGCACGGCUUCUCACCAGCGCAGGUUUUAUCGGCACCCUUGAUGAUUUCAUUGACGAUUUCCUCGAUGAAAAAGUUCCAUACAGCCCCUUCCUAAGCCACGUGCGUGAGUACCGCGCAGCAGCAGCAGCAGCCUCGCACGACUCCCUCUUGUGUGUCUCAUACGAGCAGCUGACUGCUGACCCCAAGGGCGUGGUGCGAGCCAUCGCAAAGCAUCUCAAUGUGGCGGUGUCUGAGGAGGACGUUCAGUUCGUCGUCGACCACACCAGUUUCUCGGCCAUGAGCAACAAUAAGAGUGUCAACUACGAGCACUGGAAAGACAUUGGGUUUGCUCAUAAAGAUCGAGGAAACUUUCUCAGGAAAGGUAAAAUUGGCGACUGGGAGACGAGUUUGAACGUAGAGCAGAAGGCGCGGUUUGCUUCUUGGGAGGCUCGCAAUUUGAGGCCAGAUGACGCGCCCUUCGUUUACGACGUGAGAAGUGCACUUGAAAAAUACGGUCGGUGAAGAGCUCGUCUCGAGCCAUCGUUCGAAAAAUACGGUCGGCGAAGUCGAACAGUUGAACGAAAAAUACGGUCGGUGAAGAGCUCGUCUCGAACAUUUGAACGAAAAAUGCGGUCGGUGAAGAGCUAGUCUCGAUCCAUCGAUCGGAGUGAUGGGCGCCCUGGGCGGUCACUUGUAGAGACAGUGAUAUAUAUUGUAUUUACGUAUAUCUUGUUCGGCAAUUCACUCGCGACGCGAAAUAAAAUUGAGGUAUGUAUGGACCUGUAUAGAACCUAAGACGUGAUUUUGAUACAAUUCUGCAAUAGAAUCAUUUCAGUGCUGAAAAGCAGCCAAAAUACGUGCGCCAGAAGAUUAUUGAUGAAAUAUGUGCACUUUUCCUGUCCCUAGGCCUUGGAGGAAAUUUUAAAUUCAGCUUUAUUCAUAUUAAUCCAACAUUAUGCUUUUGAAAUCCAUCUCAAAACACCUUACUAAAAGCGCCGAGUCCGUAGGAACUCUUGAAUGGUGUGUCGUGUUGGAGAGUGCAUUAGCAACGCUAGUUUGAACUUUCAUCAACAGAACCUUACGAGCACAAUAGUAGCUAAACUGUCCAGUAUGGGUUCGAUCCUCGUCAGAAGUAAUCCAAACUCUGAUGGUAAUAUAGGUCGUCUUAACAUAA